AUGGAGAAUGGAAAGGGAGGGUCCAGAAAAGGCCGGAGGUUGGCAUCCAGUCGCCGGAGGCAGAUCCGAGAACCGGCGGAUGGUCAGGAUGCCCCCGCGGCCCCAGAGCCCGAGACCUGGCCGUCUCAUGCUGAUGAAGAGCUGCAGUCCUUCUUCCGAGACUGUGGUGCCAAAGAGAGGGGCUUUGUCACCCGAGAGGACCUGGAGGAGGCCAAGUUCAGCUUCGUGGGUAGCAAGGAGCCGCAGAUGAUCUUUGACUGGGUAGACACCGAGAACAGGGGCCGGCUGUCGCUGGAAGUAUUCAGCUCUGGACUCAAAAAUGUCCUUGGUUCGAGCCCCAGUACCCACAGGCUCCGCAGAAAGCGGCCCACACUCUCUCAACCAGUAUCUGUGACCUUCAGCUUGCCUGCCCUCGAGGAGGCCGAUGCCGAAGAGAAGGAAGCCUUCCGGGCGCUUGUAGAACAGAUGGGGACCGGCCACUCCCUUUCUGAGCAGGCUGAGAUCUGGAAGCUGUGGAGGGAGCUGCGGCAGGAGGAACCCCAGCUGGCAGGCGAUCUGGAGGGCUUCCUGGCCAAGAUGAGCAGUCGUCUGCAGGAGGCGUGGGCUGACCGGGAGGCCCUGGAGUGGACGCUGAGGAAGCGAGACUCUGACCAUCUCCACAAUGUGAAGCAGCUGUAUGAGGAGGCGGAGGAGCAGAUCCGCAGGGAGAAGCAGCAGCUGCAGGCCCAGAGUGACUCCCGGGGCAUGGCCCUCAGUACCCACAUGCAGGAGGCUCUGGAGGCCAAGGAACAAGAGGUUCAACGGUUGGUGGAGGGCCAGAGAGAGCUGGAGGCGCAGCUCCUCCACCUCAGCAGCACCCAGCAGGAGGCCAGCUGGGAGAAUGUGCAGCUGCGGGAAGCUGAGCGCAGCCUGGCUGGACAGCUGGAAGAGGUGCGGGGGCAGCUGCAGGUGACAAGGGGACAUCUGGAUACUGCCAGGGGCCGAGUGUCCUGGCAGGUGGAGGAAGAGCCAAGUGUCCCCAGAGAAAAUAAGAAGGCCCCAGACCCUCAGGCUGUCCCCACUGAGGAGGCCCCACUGCCUGAGCUGUUUGGGGACAAUGAUGACUGGGACCAGCUCCUGAACAGCUUUGGAGAACGUUCCCGCAGGACCCUGCAGCUUUGCUGGAGCCCACCCUCAAGCCCGAGUGGCGCCUCAGGCCCCCAGACUCCCCGAAUUGUUAGGCAGAUCUCCAUUUCCAAGCUGCCUGCUUUACAGUUUGCUCAGGAGCCAACCUCAGAUCCAGACCCGGGUCUGAGAAGCCCUGCUGGGGUGCCUCCCAGUACCAAAGAUAGGAGAGGGGUGGAGGACCCCGAGGGUCAGGGCAGACAGGAUGGCGGUUCUAAGCAGCCUUUGGACACCCCUGGCCUGGAAGCUAGAACUGAAUCCUCCUUCCUCUGGACCCUGCCAGGAGCCCGGGCUGGGGAGUCUGAGAGCGUGGGAGCAGAGGCUUUCAGAGUGCAGCUCGCUUCUGAGCCAGAGCCUCCUCCUCAAGGCCUUUCUCCUCCUCAGUCCCCAAGUGGGUCCAGAGAACAGUCUCAGGCCCCUGACCUCAGUGAUGAGAGCCUUUGGCCUGGACCUGAUCCAGCCAAGCUGCCCCUGGAAAGAGAGGUUCUGACAGAGGACCUGAAGCUGGGCUUAGAGUCCCAGGGAGCCAUGGUCCUCCCCGAGGGGGCUGCAGAGCCCUCCUCCCCGGACCUGGAGCCUGUGGGCCAGGUACCCACAGAGACACCAGUGCAGGGGGAGGCAUGCCUGGUUAGGCGGGAGGGUCAUCCUAGGGAUUUCCAAGAAGCCCAUGGCCAGGUGCUUAGGUUGGAUAGCCUGGCUACCCACCUCUGCCAGAGUCCCGAAGAGCAGCCCAGGCCAGAGGAAGGAAACUCAGGAGAGAGAGGCCAGGAGCACCAGGGGUCAGAACAGGCCGAUGAGGCUCACAGCCUCCAACCAGAAUCACCCCGAGAUGAUCUGCAGGAGCCUGACACAUCACAGGCUCCUGCAGAGACAGAAGGCCCUGUUCCUGGCAAAAUGUCUCCUCCAAGAGGCUCUCCCAUCAUGGGGCCUGGGGCUGGGCUUGCAGUGGGAGCCCCAGAGACCACACAAGCCCUCCUCACCUUGACUGAACUGGAAGCCCAGCCCAGGUCCAUGUCCAUGCCUGUUCAGGUGGAGAGCAAGCCAGGCACCCUUCAGCCCACGGAGCCAGGGGCAGAGAGCAGGCCGGAGGACCCAGGAACAAACUCAGGGGAGGCGGAACUGACUUCACCUGGGGACCUCACUGCUGGCAAGCCUCAGGAUGACCCCGACUAUCUCUACCACAUCAUCUUCCUGGGGGACUCCAAUGUGGGCAAGACCUCAUUCCUACACCUGUUACAUCACGAUGCCUUUGCCACCGGGCUGACAGCCACUGUAGGAGUGGAUUUUCGCACCAAAACUCUGGUGGUAGACAACAAAAUCUUUGCGCUGCAGCUGUGGGACACAGCUGGACAAGAGAGGUACCACAGCCUCACCACACAGCUACUUCGCAAGGCGGAGGGGGUGGUGCUCAUGUAUGACGUCACCUCCCAAGAGAGCUUCACCCACGUGCGUUACUGGCUCGACUGUCUGCAGGGUGCAGGUGCAGAUGGGGUGGCCAUGGUCCUGCUGGGAAACAAGAUGGACUGUGAGGAGGAGAGGCAGGUGCCCACUGAAGCCGGGAGAAGACUGGCCCAGGAGCUGGGGGCCUCCUUUGGUGAGUGCAGCGCGGCCCUGGGUCACAACAUCCUGGAGCCCCUGAUGAACCUGGCUCGGUCACUUAAGAUGCAGGAAGACCGCCUGAAGGCCUCGGUGGUGGAAGUGGCCCACCAGCAGCCACCGAAGAGAGCUGGCUGUUGCCGCUGA